AUGUCUACAAGAUUUCUCUUCAAAGCGACAGGAGCACCGAAUGCUUCUCCGACUAACACCCAUCAUCAGAUAAUCUACAUCGCGGUGCACAUGAUAGCUGCGGAUGCCCGUCUUACUGACACGACGCAAAUAGCUCAAAUCCAAAUCACCGAUGUGUCAUUUCGAACGCGUGAACCAAGAGCAGGGCUUCUUCUACCGAUGCUGGUUGCCUCUCUUUCAGGCAAACGAGCACAUCGGAAGCAUGACGUGGCGCACCAGUUGACUCGAGUCCAAACAUGCUCGCAGCACAUCCAGAUCCAUAUGCCAUGCACAGGAUUCGUUAGCCUUGUAGCCCGUCUUCAAUAA